AUGACAUAUGCUAUUAAAAUUGGUGGAGUAGCUGCUGAUGAAACAUUUAAUACAACUGAUGAACUUAUUGCUAAAUAUAAACAUCAUAAUAUUCGUCUUCAUUGUUUAUUAAACCCAUGGUCAUCCAUGCUCAAUCUUACCAAUAAUAACAAUGACCAUGUUGAAUCUUAUGAUCGUAAAAUAACGAAUUUUAUUCAUGAUGUUGGUGAUAGUCUUAAGAAAGCACAAACAUUAAAACUCAUUGAUCCGUACAUCGUUUUGAAUGAAUAUGAUAACGAAAUGAAUCAAACAUUCUCCAAAACUAAAAAAAAUAUCCAUAGUGCACUAUGUAAUGAUAUUGAUUUAUCUGGUGCUAUGCAAUGGAUAAUUAGUUUAAUUGAUAUUACAACAGAAUAUAUUAAUGGUGAAAAAAUUCAUGUCAAACUGGUUCAAAAUGUUUAUGAUAAAAUCAUAAAUUUAUUAAAAAUUUUUGGAUUGAACUAUCCGGAUGUUUUUUAUUGUAAAAAAAAUCUUGAUGAUGAUAAAUAA